UCUCCACCACUACUUUUUUUGAUUUGCAAAAUUUCAUGUUCACCUUUUUUGUACUCUUAAAUGCCACUGCUAUUUCAUGGCUCAAACAGAGAAGCCCUUCCAAAGCUCGCUCCAACAAUUAUUAGCCUUUCAUUUUCAACCAAACGAGGGUAUUCAAUCUUUUUCAAGGUUCACCCAACAAUGGCCAGAAAGAGAUUGCCCAUUUUACAGAAGGUUUCGUCAAAUCUGCUCAAGGUUUCCAUUAUCAUUGACAAAAUGAGAAAACCCAUUAUAUCAAAACUCAUUUUGUUUAAGAAAUCUCGUAAGUUGAAGAAGUUCAAGCUUAUGAGGCAUUACAAUUAUGGGUUUCUUACAGAAUACCAAUUUUCUCCUUCCAAUAGUCCUCUGAUUCAGUACAGAAGAAAGCCUGUUCUUCAGUAUAAUGGUCUUCAACAGGUAUACUCGAUGUUAUUUCAUUGCAGAUGUUUGGGUAGCUUGAGAGAUGGAGGAGGAGGAGGAGAUAUUGGAGAUUGCUCUCUGCAAGCUCUGCCUGCCAUGGAAGAUGACAUAAGAAAACAGGGAGCUUUGUUGGAGCCGUUGGGUUGGGAGGAUGAAGACGAUUCAAUUGAUUUAAAAGCUGAGAGGUUCAUCGAGAGGUGUUAUGAACAGAUGAGAAUGCAGAGGCAGAUACCUCUAUAAAAUCCAUGGAAAUUUGUGUUGGAGAGUGAUUAAAUUCAUUGAUCAUGUCCCCUUUUUUUUUUUUUUUUUCCCUUCUUUUUUUUUUUUUAUUAUUCUGCUAUCCACAUGAUUUUUUUGGGAUUGUGGAGAUGGGGUUGUAAUUUUAUAUAUAUAUAUAUAUAUAUAUAUAUAUAUAUUUUUUUAAUUAUGUUGAAUUUGUGAUUGGUGUGAAUCAUUAAGAAUUUUGUAUUCUUGGAGC